AUGUCAAGAAAUUCUUCUGUUGAUGAAGUGUCAGAAAAUACUGGGGAAGCUAACACUAGAAAUGACCCAACACUCGAGUUAAAUAGUUUAUUUAUUGGGACCAUAACUAGCCCCACAACAAGUUCUGCAUGGUUUGUGAGUGUGGGUAUAAAUGGAACACAAGUUCGAUUUAAACUUGACACUGGAGCUGAAGCCAAUGUGUUGCCAUUUAAUGUGUAUUCAAGUCUAAAGAUUAGUACAUCCCUGCAGAAAACUGAUGUGGUUUUAACCUCAUAUGGGAAUUUUAAAGUCAAACCGGAGGGGAAAGUUUUCCUGAGAUGUGUCGUCAAUGGUCAGUCUGAAAUGCUACCAUUCUUUGUUGUUACUGUCCAGUCAACCCCAAUACUAGGUCUGCAGGCAUGUGAGAAAUUAAACCUGGUCAAGAAAGUUAAUGAAGUGGCCCCAUCACCCUCCACUAAAGAACACAUUAUUCAUGAUUACCCAGAGGUGUUUGAAGGGCUUGGCUCCAUGGACGGAGAAUAUCAUAUCGUUGUUGACAAGACUGUCAAGCCUGUCAUCCACCCACCACGAAAGGUUCCCUACAGCAUACUGGGAAAGUUAAAAGAGAAACUUUCGCAGCUUGAAAAAAUUGGUGUUGUGCAGAAAGUUGACAAACCGACUCCAUGGGUUAACAGUCUUGUCAUAGUCGAGAAACGUGAUGGGUCUCUGCGGUUAUGUUUGGAUCCCCGUGAUCUGAAUAAGGCUAUUCAACGGGAGCAUCAUAGAAUUCCCACAGCAGAGGAUAUUGCCACUCGCCUUAGUGGUAAGAAGUUAUUUUCCAUAGUGGAUGAAAAAGAUGGGUUUUGGCAGAUCCACCUAGAUGAAGAAAGUUCCCAUCUCUGCACCUUCAAUACACCCUUUGGUCGCUUCCGCUUCACGAGAUUACCAUUUGGUGUGUGUUCAGCCCCUGAAGUGUUUCAGAAGAAGAAUGAAGCAUUGUUUGGUGAUAUUGAUGGUGUCGAGGUGAUAUUUGAUGACAUAAUUGUGGCAGCGCGGGAUGAAAAAGAGCAUGAUGAAAUUAUGGCAAAGCUGUUGGAAAGAGCAAAAGCAGAAAAUGUUAAAUUCAAUCCAGAAAAGCUUCAGUACAAAGUCAAAGAAGUGAAGUACAUGGGUAACAUUGUAUCUGAAUCGGGUUUGAAGCCAGAUAGCGAGAAAGUUCGUGCAAUCCUGGACAUGCCCUUACCUAAGUCAAAGGAAGAAUUGCGAAGGUUCCUUGGAAUGGUCAAUUUUUUCUCGAAGUUUAUUCCAGGUCAAUCGAGUAGUACUGACCCUCUACGGCAGUUGUUAAAGAAAGAUUCAGUUUGGCACUGGUCCCAUGAACACACUGGUGCAGAAGAACAACUGAAACAGAUCAUCUCAAGUCAGCCUGUCCUGAAAUUUUUUGACUCCUACAAAGCCAGUCAAGUUGCAAGUUGA